AUGCCCACCGAAUUUGAACUGCGCCGCCGGAACGCAGAGUUUGCAGAAAAAUCCCGUACUGGCAAGAAUCCCAUAAAGCCUUCUCGUCGGGAGCAGCUAUCUAAACGCAGUCCCAUCAGCCUUUGGGCUCUGGGGGCGAUUAUUUUUGUUGUGAUAGGCGGAAUCCUGUUGGAAGUCCUUCGGUUGUUGUUCCUGUGA